UUUAAAAAACCUUAUUAGUUGAAAGGAUUAUUUGUAGAAAGAAGCGACAGAUCUUCUAACUUUAUCUUUGUUCAUCAUUUCACUUGAAGCAAAAAUUAAUUUCUGCAAGCUUCGUACAUAACCUACUCAUGUCUAAACUAAGAUUAGAAGGUAAAGUAGCUAUAAUUACUGGAGCAGCAAGUGGAAUUGGCGAAGCAACAGCGAGGCUAUUCGUCGAACAUGGUGCGUUCGUUGUAGUUGCAGACAUUCAAGACGAACUAGGGGAUCAGGUUGUAUCUUCAAUUGGUAAAGAGAAAGCUAGUUACAAGCAUUGCGAUGUAAGUGUCGAAAAACAAGUCGAAGAAGCAGUAGCAUUUGCUUUAGAGAAAUAUGGAUCUCUAGAUAUUGUGUAUAGCAAUGCAGGUAUGGGCGGAUCUUUUUCGAGUAUCCUUGAUUUCAGCUUGGAAGAUUUUAACAGGAUUAUGGCUACAAAUGUAUCCGGAGCAGCAUUAAUGAUUAAACACGCUGCUCGUGUGAUGUUAGAUAGGAAAAUCCGUGGCUCGAUUAUAUGUACUGCUAGUGUAGCUGCGGUUUCAGCUGGAUUUGCACCACACUGUUACACAGCGUCGAAACACGCUGUGCUAGGAUUGGUUCGAUCAGCUUGUAGCGAACUUGGUGCUUAUGGAAUAAGGGUGAAUUGUAUUUCCCCGUCUGGAGUUGGAACACCAUUAGCCUGUGACAUAGGCAAGAUUAGCGCAAGGCAUGUUGAAGCAUAUACAGCAAAAAUGAGUCUUCUUAAAGGGAUUAUUUUGAAAGCUAAACACAUUGCUGAUGCUGCGUUGUUUCUUGCGUCCGAUGAUUCGGUUUAUCUGAAUGGACAUAAUCUUGUUGUUGAUGGCGGAUUUACAGUUGCAGCUAGUAGCUUUCCCAUCAAUGUUAGUUCUGCUACUCCAUAAUCUUAAGAAGCUGCAAAAUCAUAUUUUAAUGAACCCGAGGCUUGAUUUGCGGGCAAUUGAGUAAGAGUACCAUGUGCAUUAUUAUCCCAGUAAUCUGUAAUGUCAACUUGUUUCAUUAUUAGAUAUGUGAUCGAAUUUCAUUUUUGUUUCUUUUGGCAUCUUUUUGUGUCUGACUUCAAUGUAUCUUUGGAAUUGAAGA